UUAUCAAACAAGUGAAGGAAAACGCGACAAAGAGUUUGCAUACGUGCGCGACAUUGCAAUAUCUAUAAUUUUAUACACUAUUAUAAAUUCAAUUAUGCUGUGAGAAAUGGGACUAAUAUAUAUUAUGUUCUAAAUUAACGACGUAAAUCACAUAUAUCGUACCUCAUAAAUCAACGCGCACAAUGAUAAGAAUUAAAAGAAUUACGGAUAUAGAACGGCUUGCCGAGACGGUUUCCAAGCCGAAAGACGCCGUGCCCAAAUUCGGUCUACCGGGGUGGAAGAUGAUGCCCCUGGAACAUAAGAUACCCAUGAUACCUGGACCGAAGGGCGCUUACAGCUUAGUGCGACGCAAAGUGGGGAAGAAAUUGUGGGGACAAAAAUUGGAGUUUGACCUGAGCGACCCUUACUGCCACGAGACCAAGUUCCCUUACGAACCCCUGCACGACGAGCAUCUGCUCGAGUUCUUCUACAGGCCGAUUAAUCGGAAGCGUCUACUGAAAGCCGAUCUUAUCACGGAUGACAUGCACGUGAAGUGUACACUGCGCGACUACAACGAGUACAGGAAGUACCUGAGGCAGGUGCACGCUGACCGUGUCAAUAGGGAGCUGAGGAAAAGAAACGGUCUCUUCGGCGAGAAGAGAGCCCUACGCUUCGCCGAGGAGCAGGCGCGCAAUGAAGCUGAAAGAUUAAAAGAAAGAGAGACAUAUGUGACCUUGAGACAGCGUCUCACGCAACAACGGCUGCUAGAAGAGGAACGGAAAACUCGGGAGCUGAAGGAGCGAGCGUGCAGGACGGCGCGGAGAUUGAAAUUGUUGAGACUCGUUAGACGAGAAGAACAAAGACUGUUAAACAUUAAGAGUAAAGAGCGGGUCGAGCAGAUUCGGCAGAAAUGUAAAAUUGCGACGGAGAUCACGCGACGUAAAGUGAUCGAUACGCUGUUGGACUGGAGGAAGAAGGACAAGGCGCGCAAGAAGGGCAGGGAGAAGCGACUAAUGGAAAUCACACAACAGAAGCAGAAGGCCAUGGAAGAAAGUUGGAGAAAAAAGCAGCGGUUCCAGGAAAAGGAAAUUGCGAAACAAAAAGUGUUAUUGCAACGCAUAGAUGCUCGCCGUGAAAAAUUUAUAGAGAAUUAUAAUAACAGAAUUAAUAAAGAGACCGCAAGAAUGAAAAAACUUUUGGACGAUGCGAAACUAUAUACAAACUGUUACAUGAAGAGGCGCUUACCAGAUGGGAGGAUGCUCAUUUGCUGCAAGAAAUACUUUAAAAACGAUGUGGUAGGUACGAGUGAUAAAUGUCAGAAUGUAACACAGAUUGAAACAGAUUGCGUGACAAAUCAUAAUACUUUGGCGUGAGACACUUUAUCAAGAGAUCAUGUCUCUUGAUAAAAUAAGACCAAUAGACCCAUCGUUAUUGGAGAUUUGUUGGAAAAAGAAAUUGUCAACCGAUGAGAAUUUUGCUAACGGAGGUAAUCAACGUUACGCUGUUAGUGUUAGAAGACAAGUAUCACAUCGUACAGAACAAUAAACGAUCAGUUUUAAUAUGUUAAAUUAUAUUAAUGAUAUAUUGAGACGUUAGACGAACAGCACAGUAUUUGUAGAAUAAAAUUGAAUAAAUGUAUUCACGUCAA